UCCUGAGCUCCUCCCCCAUUCCUUCCCUCUUCCCCCGACCUCCUUCCCGUCCCUCCGCUGUAUUUUGCCUCUCUUCCCUCCUCCCCGGCGCCCCCUGUCCCGCCACGUCCCUCACCUCCCUUCUCCGCCUCUCCCUCUCUGCUCCCCUCGCCCGUCCAGCGGCCCACAUUUUCCAUCCCCGCCCCGGGGGUGGGGUCCUGCUGCGCGGGCCGAGCCCUGGAGACCUCUGAGGGGCGGGCAGGGGCGGAGCGCGGGCGGGGCGCACGGGGCUACCUGGGGACCCUCGCGGCGCUGCCGCCGGGAAGUCCACCGCUGCCAUGCCCUGGGCGCUGCUCUUUGGCCUGCUGGCCGCGACGCUGCUGCUGCUGCUACUCCUGGGCCGCCGGCGCGCGCGGCGACCUGGUGAGCCCCCUCUGGAUACCGGCACCAUUCCUUGGCUGGGUCAUGCCUUGGAGUUCGGGAAGGAUGCCGCCGGCUUCCUGGCACGGAUGAAGGAGAAGCAUGGGGACAUCUUUACUGUGCUGGUGGGAGGCAGGUAUGUCACCGUCCUCCUGGACCCGCACUCCUACGACACGGUGGUGUGGGAGCCUCGCACCAGGCUGGACUUCCACGCCUACGCCACCUUUCUCAUGGAGAGGAUUUUUGACGUGCAGCUGCCCCAUUACAACCCCAGCGAUGAGAAGGCCAGGAUGAAACCGACUCUGCUCCACAGAGACCUGCAGGCGCUCACAGAGGCCAUGGACAGCAACCUCCGCACAGUCCUGCUGGGCGAUGCAGGUGGCGGCUGGCAUCAGACGGGGCUGCUCGAGUUCGCCUACAGCUCUCUGCUCAGGGCCGGCUACCUGACCCUGUACGGAGUGGAGGCUUCACCACGCACCGAGCAGAGCCAGACUCAGGACCGCACCCACUCGGCCGAAGUCUUCCACACCUUCCGCCAGCUCGACCUGCUGCUCCCCAAACUGGCUCGAGGCUCCCUGUCGGCAGGGGAUAAGGACCUUGUGUGCAGCGUCAAAAGUCGCCUGUGGAAGCUGCUGUCCCCAACCACGCUGGCCACCCGAGCUCAGCGGAGCAGCUGGCUGGAAAGCUACCUGCUGCACCUGCAGGAGAUGGGCGUGUCAGAUAAGAUGCAGGCACGGGCCCUGGUGCUGCAGCUCUGGGCCACACAGGGGAACAUGGGACCUGCCGCCUUCUGGCUGCUGCUUUUCCUGCUCAAGAACCCCGAGGCCCUGGCUGCCGUCCGCAGUGAGCUCGAGCGAAGCCUGGAGCAGCCAGUCUCGCAGAGGACCGCCCUUCCACAGAAGGUUCUAGACAACAUGCCUGUGCUUGACAGCGUACUGAGCGAGAGCCUCAGGCUCACGGCUGCGCCCUUCAUCACCCGUGAGGUCGUGACGGACAUGGCCUUGCCCUUGGCAGAUGGGCGGGAAUUCGCCCUGCGACGUGGUGACCGCCUCCUUCUCUUUCCGUUCCUGAGCCCCCAGAGGGACCCAGAGAUCUACCCAGACCCAGAGGCAUUUAAGUACAACCGAUUCCUGAACCCUGAUGGCUCAAUGAAGAAAGACUUUUACAAGGACGGAAAACGCCUGAAGAACUACAGCCUGCCCUGGGGAGCAGGGCACAACCAGUGCCUGGGACGGACCUUUGCCACUAACAGCAUCAAACAAUUUGUGUCCCUAGUGCUGCUGCACUUUGACCUGGAGCUUCUUGACGCCGAUGUGGAGGUGCCCGAGUUCGACCUUAGCAGGUAUGGCUUCGGCCUGCUGCAGCCAGAGCACGAGGUCCCUGUGCGCUACCGCUUCCGGCCCUGAGAUAUGCCUGCGGUCACCUGAUGCGGGACUGCCCUGUCUCCCACCAUGCUGGCUGCCCUGGAUCUGGAAGCAGGUGCCGCCCACCGUUUUUCCCUGCUUUUCUCUCAAGAAGCAGAACCCAGGGGAGGGGAAAGAGAGAACUCUGAGAAAAGAUGAAUGCAGGAAACGUGUGUGCAGCCCUGAGGACUCGGUGUUGCACCUGUACACCCAGGUCGGGCGUCUUCUGCCACCAGCAUCCUCCUCUCACUGGCAAGAGCCACAUAAGCAGAUGGAAGUCCUCACUGCCAGGCCCUCAACAUCCCUGACAACUGUGUGGUGCCAUCCUCGGCCCUUCAGGCAGCUGUUGGCCACGGAGAGGCCAGUUGAAACUCGGCAGCAUGUUCCUGAUCAUGGCACUCCCUUCAAACAGUUGCUUUCCCAGGCGUCCCAUUUGCCAGAUGCCGCCCUUAUAUUCCCUUCCCACGAGUGCUGGAGAAAGUGCAGGCAGGUGGGUGGGGUCUCCAGGCCGGUGCCUGCAGGGUGAGGAAAAGAAAAACACCCUCCCAGCAUUGAACUCUGGGAAGCAUAGCUGUGUCCUGCGAUUAUCAACACCAGUUGGGAGGGACAUUCCCUGGGCCCUGUGGGAGGAGGGCCCCCAACAGGGUGGCUGCAAGGCACCUUAGGGCUCCAGAGACUUCUGGCCAGGCUAGAAAAGGCUGUGGGACUGGGGGCUUCUAGCGCAGGCACCAGCUGUUCUGUGUGAGAAACAGUUGCCGAAGUUCACGUCGCAUCAUCCUUGGUGGGAGACUCAAUUCAAAGGGCCCCGCUUCUCUUGAUCACUUGGAAGAUUGGGUCAUACCAGGCUGCCCUUGGCAAGGGUCUCUGAAGCUUGCUGUCUGGCUCACUGGGGUUUUGUUUUGCUCUGUUUCUGCA